CUUGAUGACUUUUACUUAUCCCUGAAGCUUAAUUGCAUUUAUCUUUCUGAAUAAUGAAUAUAAAUACAUGCACUGAUUUGUGUGUGUGUGUGAGUCAUUGUAAAAGAAUUAGAGACAUGACAGCCCAAGAGCUGUAUGCUUUUCUAGCAACCACAAUUGGCAGUUUAAUGCUUUUGUGGCCUUUUUUCCGGCCAUACCUCCCAUAUUCACUUCAAAGCUUCAUUCAAAGUUACUGCCAGAGAUGGGUGGGUUCUCUUUCCCCUUUCGUCCAUGUUACCUUCCAUGAGUUCAUUGGAGAGCGACUGAUGCGCAAUGAAGCUCACUCUGCUAUUCAGAACUAUCUCAGCUCUAGUUCCUCCAUGCAUGCAAAGCGGCUCAGGGCUGAAAUGACGAAGAGCAAGCAGUCCCUUAUUCUCAGCAUGGAUGAUUAUGAAGAGAUUACCGAUGAAUUUGAAGGAGCGAAACUCUGGUGGUAUUCUGGUAAGUCUAUUUCAAAUAAGCAGCAGCCUUUUUCUCUCCAUCCUUUUACAGAUGAGAAGCGGCAUUACAAGCUUACUUUUCACAAACAACACCGGGAUCUCAUCAUAGGACCUUAUCUGGAUCAUGUCUUGAAAGAGGGUAAGGAGAUUGGGAUCAGGAAAAGACAGAGGAAGAUGUAUAUGAACCGUGAUGGGAUGUGGAGCUCUGUAGUGUUUGAACAUCCAGCAACAUUUGAGACGCUAGCAAUGGAACCAAAGAAGAAGCAGGAAAUCAUGGAGGACUUGAUCAGCUUCAGCAAAGCAGGAGAGCUCUAUGCAAGAAUUGGGAAGGCAUGGAAGAGGGGUUAUCUCCUCUAUGGUCCUCCAGGUACUGGAAAGUCCUCCAUGAUACCUGCCAUGGCAAAUCUUUUAAAUUAUGAUAUCUAUGAACUUGAACUGACUGUUGUGAAGGAAAACACCGAGCUGAGGAGGCUGUUGAUGGAUGUAUCAAACAAGUCUGUUAUGGUUAUUGAGGAUAUAGAUUGUUCACUUGAUCUCACCAAUCGGAGAAAGACAAUAAGAGAGGAAAAGGAAGAAGAAAUGAAGGAUCCAAAGCAAA